GAAUGUAAUAAUAUACGGUGCAAAUUAUUGCAUUUGGAAACUCUAUACAACUUUGUUUAGAUAAAAAUACUACAGUUUCAGAACUUUAUGGAUUUCUAGAAGAACAAUAUCCAGAGUACUUCUAUAAUUAAUUUAAAUUAGUUGGUUUAGAAAUGCAGGUGGAAAAAAUUUAAAAUUACUCUUUUUAGCAAAGAAUUAAGUUUUAUAUAAAGAUUCAUAAUAACCAUUAGAACGCAUUUUAGAGAAUAACAACAAUUGUAAGUUUGAAUUGAAAGAACAAAUAAAUUUCAUGAAUUCUAAUGAUUUUAUUAAUUCAAAUGAAAUUGGUUCAACACAAGUGCAGGCUCUGCAAAAAUAGAAUUCUAAUAAUCUCUAAGUUUAGAAUACUUAAUAAUAAAGGAAUUAUUAAAAUUAAGUAUAACAAUAAUAAGUUGGAUUAAACUAAUAACACUUAUCAUAGCCUAUAUAAUAAAACUAAGGGUAUUAAUAAAAUAUAUACCCUCCUAAUUAAUAAUAAAACCAAUAUUAUAAUUAAUAAGUUGUAAAUUAAAACAAUUUUCAAUAAUUAAAUAAUAAUUAUUAAUAGCUUAAUCCAUAAUUAUACAAAUAAACUUAAAUGAAUAAUUAUUAGAAUCAAACUUAAACUAAUAUGUAAAUAUUUUGAUAUAAUUUUUUUAGAAAUAUCACAAUUAAAUACAAAUAGAAUUAAAAUAUAUUAGAGGUUGAUUCAAGUCUUACACUAGAUGAAUUAUUAGCACUUUUCUAUUAAUAAUUUUAAAUCGAUGAAUAGAUUGAAUUGUUUUGUGGAAAUAUAGUUUUAUCUAAAAUGAAUCACGAACUAACAAUUAUUCAGGCAGGAAUCAUAAAUAAUUCAGUUAUAGAAUGUAGAUAAUAAUAACCAUAAUUCUAAUAAAAUCUAAUUACUGAAGUAAAUCCAUCCAAAACAUCUUAACCAGAUUCAUAGUUUAGUCAUUUCUAUUAAUAAAUGAAAUUUUAGUAAGCCCCUCCUUAACAAGUUUAUUAAUAAGUUCUUUAAUAAGGUCCUCCUUAACAAGUUUCUCAUCCUUAAUAAUAGAUAAAUUAAAUUUAAUAUUAACCCUAAAGUCCUUAGGAAUUCUCUCCAAUUGACAUCAACUUUACCAUUUAAGAUGGUAUUAUUACUCGUAGCUUUUCAAUGAAGGGCCCUAUAUUGCUCACAAUAAAUAAUUUAAUUAAUACAAUUUAAUAAUACUUAGGAUUAAGUAGGUAAUUGUAUUAAUAUUUUUAGUGAAGCUGCUGCAAUUUAGAUUUAUUAAGGUAAUAUUCAUAUAUAAGGAGAAAAAUUAAAUUUUUCACUUUAAAAGUUAUAAAUGGUUAAAAGUCCUUUAUAAUUCACUGCUAAAGUAAUGUAUAGUGGAGGACAAUGAA